AUGGAGGCAGACUCAACAACUUACGAAAAUAAUUCAAAAUCUUCAGAUGAUAUUUGUUUACCCUUUAGUUCAAAUCCAGAAGACUUGAAGUUUUAUAAGGUUUUGAUCAGUCACAUAGGAAACUGUAGUUUGGAGAGUCAAUUAAUAGAAAAACUGCAAUCGCUUGGAUUAAUACCAGAAAAAGUUACUUGUCCUGAGAACAAACCUGAUUGUAAAGUUUCAUUAAAAUCUGCCCGCGUUGUUGACAGGUUUCAGUGGUUGUGUAAGGGAUGUGGUAAGAGGCUACCAAUUAGAACAGGAACAUUCUUUUUUAGACUACAGUGCUCUAUUUUGCAAGCUUUGCAAAUUAUAUUCGCAUGGUGUGAAGAUGCUGAUGUAUAUACUGCUGCUCAGUUCUUUGAUGUCAAGCCAAAAGUGGCAUGUUCUAUCUAUGAUAGGUUGGACGAAUUAGCGAUAGAACAACUUCAUAAAUACAAGCUUGGAGGUGAGAAUGCCGUAGUCAUGAGUGAGAUGUACCCUGAUUGCUUAAACAGACUGUCUCCUGAUACAACCGAUCAAGCACAUGUUCAUCAGAUAUUGAUGAUGGCUGAUACUAAACAUAUCCCUACAUAUUACAAAUUACAUGUGAUUCAGAGAGAUCCUAAAAGACUGCGGAGUAAUACUGAUAAAGAUGAGUUUCUUGAAGAAGAAAUAAAGGCAUCGCUCUUGAGAGUAGCUAAGCCAGGAUCAAUGUUAGUAACAGGCAACAAUGUUCCAUUAAUUGAUAGAACGGUACCUCUGCAGCAGGUGAUAGCGCAUUGUAAUGUUAAUAUGCAACAUUUCUUAUGCUCUCGUAUCUGGAGGCAGGCGCUAGUGCUGUGCUCGGCGGCGCGGGAGCUGUGCUCGGGCGCGGCGGACAGCUGCUCGGCGCCGCUGCAGCGCUACCUCGACACGGCGUCGUACCGGCUGCGGCACCCGCGCCACUUCUACGAGCACACGCUCCGUGCCCUCGCCGCUGACGUCACCCACCCUGCCUUACUCGACUGCUUCUGACGCUCUCUUAACUACUUGCGUCCAGUUCCAGUAUUCAAAUAACGAUUCUUUUCAAUCUCGAAUCGUUAAACUUCGAGCCGUUCAAUUUCGAACACCUCUAAUUUUACAGAAAUUUAACAGAUCGUGAGGGAAACGGGUCGUUUUCUGAAUAUAGGACCCGAGGUUAGAAUUAUAUAAGUUUGUCUGUAUUUAUACUGAUUUGUGUACAUAAAAAUUAUGUAAGUACAAUAUUGUACUUGCAUUAAGGAGAGAAAAAAUGUGAUGUCAAUAACCUCUCUGGAUAGAUUACUCAUAGUUGUUGAUUUUGACAAUAUUAAAAAGUAUUAUUUAGUUUAUAAAUGUAAAA